UCCUCAUACUAGGCGCAAGCCAACUUCAUCUCUCUUCCAAAUAAUAAUUUCUUCUUUUCCGAACUCCCUGUGCUAUCAAAUACUUGCCAGUAUUGAAUUUCGCACUCUCUGCCACUGGCACUAGCUGGGGAUGUACAGUACGGUGACCGCCAGACUCUAAGCCAGUGCAGAGACCACAGAGCCUCAAAUCUACAUGCCAGUGUUUCAGUAGUUUCUGCUUCAGCAAACACCGAUUUUCCUUCACGUCCGAGUAUGGACGCAUCUGACGUACGCGGCAAACUGCAAUGCCUUCGUUCGGAGAGAGAUUCAGCCAUGCAGCACGAAGAGUCGCUGUCGAAGCGCCUGAAGGCUGCAGAGGCACUAGAACAAGCUCGGCAGAGCAAGCUGUCUGCGUUACUCAGACGUGUGGAACUGCGUGAGACCGAACUUGAGGAGCAGAACGUUCGCCUCACAGCGGUGCAAGAAAAGGCCGAGCGCGCCUCACUGCGAAUUGAUGAGUGUGAGCAGGAACUUCGCAGACUCCAAGCGGAGGAGUUCUUCAGACGAGGCAAGAUGACUCAGCAGAAGAACCAGCGGGAGGCAGGGGCUGCCCUUGGGCUUGGCCCCGCGGCAAUGACCUCCACGCCUGGCGAAGUAGCCGCGGCGCAAGAAAAUACUGGACAGCACCAACGUCGUGUGUCUGCAUCGAAAAGCAAGCAUUCGCAAGAGGAUGAACUAGGGCAGCUACGGCGAAGAAUCGGAGAGCUAGAGGACAUAGCUGAGGAAAACGAGGAGAGAGAGGAUAAAUCGAAUAAGCGCUCAGCUACUCUAACAGCGAAGUUGAUGGACCUGGACGAAAAUGUCAAUGCCAAAGAAAGGCUCAUGAACACAGCACGUGUCUGCGAACAAAAACUAGAAGAGAGAAUAGGCAAAUGCUCAGAAAACCUGGAGGCAGAGCGCAAGCGUGCCAGGAUAGCUACAGACGAGAUCACCCGGCUAGAGAAAGUCCUUGACAACUCCAUAGAGGAUAGCGACGUGUGGAAAGAGAUGUGGAAGCAAGCAGCGGACUCGUUGGGGCGAACUCAGGAAGAACUCCAGGAUUUGAUGGAUAGCUAGGGACGGCAGUGUGCAGUGUUUUGCGUCGAGACAUCAUGGUAGGGUUGCCUUCUUGUGUAAUAGUGUUUUCCUCUGCCACGUACUUAUGUUGUCGAAAGGAAGUAACUAGUUUGACCACCUCCACUCCCAGUGUAGCAGUGUAGCAGUGCAUCAGAUUAUCGAGCCUGUCAUUCUGGACACGUUCCAGUUGUACUCCACGACUGAUCAUCAAGCCACCAGUGGUCACCCAUGGCCCAGUUGACAUCUGAUCACGGAAGUGAUUUUCAAGCACCCAGUUCUGCAUGCCUACAUUAUCUUGCAUGCCACAUAGUACUAGUAGCCCACUGGCACUUGUUCUGACUGUAGCCUACCUCACAUCUUGUGGCUUAUGUUAUAAUCCCAGCAUGACCAUUUUUGUUGUAUCUCCUCAAAACACUGUAACUGAGUGUAAAGUGAGUGUAACCUACUAUACUGCACAUGUACAGUGCUGGCAACUGAAAUCCGACCCCCUUGCCGGCGCGGCGCUCCGGCAAGGGGGUCGGAUUUCAGUUGCCAGCACUGUACAUGUGUUCUCCACAAUCUCUGUGUGUGUCUGUUGUGUGUUGAAACUAACUGCGCUUGCUUGGACACUGCACUCCUUAGGGUGUUAUCAUUAUGCCGUGUUUUAUGGUGUUAUGGCCUUCAUGUCCAAAAUGUACAGUAUCCACUUUCUAGAACAGCAUUCCGUAUCUACACCAUACAGCUUUUCUUGGCCAUAUUAUUGUCAGGAGCCUCGCGUAACUCCGGCUAUAUGAACAGAAUAAUACUCAAUCUGAGGACAGAACUGUUUCGUCCAUUGUGGACAGAAUAAUGCGUAAUAAUAUAACUCUUCCUGACACGUGUGAUGACGGCAUUGCUACAUCAUACUAUUCAGCUCCAUGAGGGAACAUUAACCCGGUGAGAGCAUUGGGCCGAAGGACAUUGUUAUCAAUGGCAAUACUAGUAGGCGUCGUUGCUCCCUUUCACCAAUACUAUGUCUCUCUUCCUGGCUUAGCUCCAAAGUCCUGGCUGACUUAGAGCUGCCAUCACACUCUAUUCCGGCCGUCUUUCAUAUGACCUCACCUCAUAAGAAAGUAUCCGGCCAAUACUGGA